UCUUGUGCCCAAAAAAAAACAAUGAAGAAGGGAAAGACAACGGAAGAGGAAAAAAUUACACGAGUCCGAUGACCGCACAAAACGCUGCCGUUUGAUUUGAUGGUAACGAUUCGUUAGCAAUUGAACAGAUGAAUCACUAAUCUGCACGAAUGUGGUGCAUGUUCACUUGUUCAGCGCAAUAGCGCCAAGUUGUGUGUCCUCAUCUUCGGUGGCAUUUUCGAAAUUCUUCCCUUAUACGAGCAACAGCCUCUUCUUGUUUCUUUCGUUCAGCCCCAAUUUCGUUCUUCUGGAAAUACGGCACCGACGAGUUUUUGUCAAUCUCAGCCAUCAACUAAUCAGAGCAUACCCACCAGAAUGUGCAAUUCCUUCUGGACAUAGUGUUAGUAUUUCAGUAGUUUUCUCUUUCACAGCAAGAAUUCAUGGCGUCUUUAAUGCUCAAUGGACCUAAAACACCCCUCUUCCUUAGUAAUAGCAUAACCCCAUCUGGUUUAGGUUCUCAGAGUCUUAAUUUUCCCAAGCGACCUCUAGUCGAGAAGGGUUUUGUGUCUCGUGAUGACAAAUAUAGAUUCAAGAACUUGACCCCCAGAUGCAGCAUCUCAGCCUCAAGGCCAGCUUCUCAACCUAGGUUCAUACAACACAAAGCAGAGGCGUUUUGGUUCUACAGGUUUUUGUCGAUUGUGUAUGAUCAUAUUAUAAACCCGGGACACUGGACAGAAGAGAUGAGAGACGAGGCACUGGAGCCUGCUGAUUUGUAUGAUCGUAAAAUGAGAGUCGUGGAUGUUGGCGGAGGGACUGGGUUCACAACUCUUGGGAUAGUGAAGCAUGUUGAUGCCAAGAAUGUUACUAUUCUUGACCAGUCUCCUCACCAAUUGGCCAAGGCUAAGGAAAAGGAACCCCUGAAAGAAUGCAGGAUCAUUGAGGGCGAUGCUGAAGAUCUUCCAUUCCCUACUGAUUAUGCUGACAGAUAUGUUUCUGCUGGAAGCAUCGAAUAUUGGCCUGACCCACAACGUGGCAUUAAGGAAGCAUACAGAGUGCUGAAAAUAGGAGGCAAGGCAUGUAUUAUUGGUCCUGUAUACCCAACCUUCUGGUUGUCCAGAUUUUUUGCAGAUGUGUGGAUGCUCUUCCCCAAGGAGGAAGAGUACGUUGAAUGGUUUCAGAAGGCUGGCUUCAAAGAUGUAAAGCUGAAAAGAAUAGGUCCAAAAUGGUAUCGUGGUGUGCGUCGACAUGGUCUAAUCAUGGGUUGCUCUGUUACGGGUGUAAAGCCUUUUACUGGGGACUCUCCACUUCAGCUUGGCCCUAAGGCAGAAGAUGUAAAGAAGCCUGUAAAUCCAUUUGUGUUUCUUUCUCGGUUCAUUCUUGGUGCCCUUGCAGCCGCUUACUAUGUGUUGGUGCCAAUUUAUAUGUGGAUCAAGGACAAAAUUGUUCCAAGGGGCAUGCCCAUUUAACAUUGAUCCCAAAACUGGGGUAGGGUUGUCAUUCUUAUGUACUUUUCUAAAAUGACUGUUUGUGACUUUGUGAUGAUUCAUACAUAAAUCUUUUCGCAUUCUUCAAUCUUGCCUUAAUAUUAGAGACAAGCUCAAUCAGUAUAUCGGUAUCGCAUGCCAUUAGUUAUUCUCCUGAUUGACAAACAAAACAGUGUAUUAGCUUCAGAAUUUUUGCCUGAACGUUUCUACGA